UGUUCUUACCAGUAAUUUGACCAAUUUAAAUCACUUAUGUCCAAGUUAUUAGGAAUAUUUAAUAAUAUUACGCUAGCAGAUUUUGUAAAACAAAUGUGUAAUUCUGAUAAUAAAAUGCAAGUUUCCUAGUGAGAUGCUAACCUCUCUUCCAUAUCACCUUGCUAUGAUACUGAUCAAUGGAGCUUCAGUUUCCAUCACCACCUCUCCUCUUGGCCUUCCUGCUCUUCAUUUUCAUCGUACUCAAAAUCUUGAUUAACACAACCAAACCCAAUAGCUCAACUUCAAAGCUCCCUCCAGGGCCAUGGCGACUACCUCUCAUAGGAAACAUACACCAGCUUGCUGUCUCAUCACUACCCCACCACACCUUGACAGACUUAGCCACAAAACAUGGACCUUUGAUGCAUCUCCUCCUCGGCGAAGUCUCCACCAUCGUUGUCUCCUCCCCUGAAAUUGCCGAACAGGUCAUGAAAACCCAUGACCUCGUCUUCGCUCAAAGGCCAUACCUUCUUGCUUCUCGGAUUAUCUCUUACGGUUCCACAGACAUUGGGUUUUCCCCAUACGGUGAAUACUGGCGACAACUCCGAAAGAUUUGCACAACGGAGCUUCUGAGCUCGAAGCGCGUCGAAACGUUCCGGGGAAUUAGGGAAGAGGAGGUGAUGAAUUUUGUAAGAGACAUUUCGUCGAUCACAGGGUCGGCAAUCAAUCUGAGCAAGAGAAUUUUCUCGCUUACCUAUGGGGUUACUGGUAGAGCUGCUUUUGGGAAGAAAAACAGAGAUCAAGAAGAGUUCAUGGAAGCUAUGGACGAACUUUUAGCGUUGUUUGGAGGGUUCAGUGUUGCUGAUAUGUACCCAUCGGUGAAAUUGCUUCAGGUGAUGAGUGGAAUGAGAAGAAAGCUUGAGAAAUUGCAUAAGAGAGUCGAUCAGAUACUUGAAAACAUUGUUAACGAGCACAGAGAGAAAAAGACAGAGAGAGAGAGUGGGAGAGGAGAAGCAGAGGACCUGGUUGAUGUUCUUUUGAGAGUUCAGAAAGAUGGACAGCUUGAAUUUCCAUUGACAGACGACAACAUCAAAGCUGUCAUCUUGGACAUUUUUAGUGCUGGAAGCGAGACAUCAUCAGGAGUUAUAGAGUGGGCGAUGUCAGAAAUGCUAAAGAACCCAAAAAUGAUGAAAAGGGCACAAGCUGAGGUAAGACAUGUGUUUGAUGGAAAAAGAAAUGUCGAUGAAACUUGCCUUCAUGAAUUGAAAUACUUAAACUCAAUAAUCAAGGAAACAUUGAGGCUACACCCCAUUGCUCCUUUGUUACUUCCAAGAGAAAGCAACGAGCAAUGCACAAUUAAUGGAUACGAAAUACCUAUCAAGACCAAAGUCAUUGUCAAUGCGUGGGCGAUUGGUAGAGAUCCCAAACACUGGAACGAAGCAGAGAAAUUUGAUCCGGAGAGAUUUCUCAACAGCGCAAUUGAUUUCAAGGGGGCAUGUUUCGAAUAUAUACCAUUUGGAGCAGGAAGAAGGAUAUGUCCAGGCAUUGCAUUUGCUAUUCCUAAUAUUGAGCUUCCACUCGCGCAGUUGUUGUACCAUUUCGAUUGGAAACUCCCCGGUGGAAUGAAGCAAGAAGAACUGGACAUGACAGAGACCUUUGGUUUGACUGCACGAAGAAAAAAUGAUCUUCAAGUGAUUCCCAUUCCUUAUCAUCCUCCUCAUGUUAAAGAGUGAGACCUUAAGGAAGAUAUAUAUGUUAGAUGCUAGUUUUAUAUGUUCCUAUGGUAUUGUAAACUUGUAAUGACUAAUAAAUGUGCAAUCGAUAGUCAUGGAGUUUCUUUUCAUGUUCAUGGUACAAAAAGUAUGGAAGGGAUUCAAAACCAAUAAUUUAUGUAACUAUGUUGGUGAAUCAGUGAUGACUUAUCAUUUAGAUU